GUUUAUUUCGGAGGAAAUCUUGAUUAAAUUGACGUAUAAUAUUACAUGCUACUUAUUCCCAUCUAUCAGGUAAAUACGUCCGAGCUCAACACAAAACUUGUUUGGCUACGAGCGUUCAGUCGUGUUUCGCGCUUCUUGGCGAGCGGUCGUCAAUAUGAAGUCCAUAUCACUUAUGGUCGUCGUGUCACUCGUGACUAGGAGUUUCGGGGCAAACAUAUCUUUCCCAAACGAUAAAUUGGAUGAAGCGAACGAAUGGCUGAACAGGGUUUACGAAAUGAACAGCACUGGUGAUGUUUUGGAUAGAUUUGGUAACAAACAACAAGAAUCCACAGAGGGGAGAUCUUGUGUAUCAGUGAAACAAAGGAACGGCGUGUGUGUUGCUAAGGAACUGUGCUUGGAACACGAACCGGACGUGGAUCCUACAACAUUGUUUAUUCCGAGAGAAAGGAUUGCUUGCACCCCAUCAGAGUACUGUUGCUUUAAAAGCGCUCCAAUGAAAGCUGGGGAGGUAUCUGGGGAGGGGUCCGGGGAGGGGUCCGGGGAGACCAUAAACAAAUCUGGGGCAGGUCGUAAGUCGUGCACCAACGAUAAAAAUGAACAGGGAGUGUGUGUCAGGAAGGCGUCCUGCGUGAACGCUGUUCAGACAGUUGACCCCACAAUCAAUUUCAAUCUCAGGGAACGUGAGUUAUGCCACUACUUAGAGACCUGCUGCUUGGAGAAGAACAUCAAAAAGAAAGCUGUGAAACCGAUUCGUCAGCAAAACACCGGCUGCGGCUGGAGCAACCCUGGCGCGAACGUGUUCAGGGAGAAGAACUCGCCAACAGGUUUCGCUGAUUACGGGGAAUUCCCGUGGAUGGUAGCUUUAAUCCAGAAGGGUACCGGGAAAGAUGGCUUCAACGAAAGUUACGCUGGCGGAGGAGUUCUCAUCCAUCCGUCAGUAGUCAUGACAGCGGCACAUAAAGUACAAAGUUUCAAACCGGAAGUGGUAAAAAUCCGAGCCGGCGAAUGGGACACUCAAACAGACGCGGAAGUGGAGCCCUAUCAAGAGAGAGACGUCUCUAAGAUCAUUAUACACGAAGGUCACAAUGAAAAGCAACACAACGAUGUGGCGCUUCUCAUUCUGAAGUCGCCAGUGGAUCUGUCAGAUGCUCCUCACAUUGCUGUAGGUUGUCUAGCAUCUCGUCUCCCACCACCUGGAACGAGGUGUUACAGCAUGGGAUGGGGCGAAGACUUCCUCAACGACAACAAAUACGCUGUCAUUUUAAAGAAGGUGGAACUGCCCCUGGUAGAGGCUUCGGACUGCGAGAGUCGUUACAAACGCACGGUUCUCUCGAGCGCUUACGUUCUGGAUAAGACGUUGACGUGUGCGGGGGGCGAGCAGGGAGUUGAUACGUGUCGCGGAGAUGGGGGGAGUCCGCUGGUGUGUCCCAUUAAGGGUCAGCCUGAUAGGUUUGAGGUCGUCGGUCUGGUGGUGUACGGCCUGCAGUGCGGGACGGGCGGCCUCCCAGGGGUAUACCUGAACGUCCCGCAAAUAUACGACUGGGUCGGUCAACAACUCGAAAAGGAAUCUUUCGGAAGGACUUCAUACGUCUAUUAAAUAUAAUAAAAUUA